AUGGACCUCAAUAUGACAAAUCUUUGGUUUCAUGGGAAGGAACAUAUAGCUGCUUCUUCAUUCUCCCAGGCCCAACCAUCUGCCAUAAAUUGCAGGAAUGAAGAACAAGCUGUGUCAGCCAUGAACUUGGGUUGCAUCAGGAGCUCAGAGAUAGCCCGGAACUCUAGAACAUUUCAGCAUGGCGAUCAAAGUUUGGCCGCUCCUGAUGAUGGCUGCAGGCUGGUCCUUGGACUCGGGCCAACGCCAAAUCUGUAUUCUGCUGAUAGUCACUCAUUUGGUGGAAAUAAAGCUUAUGAAUCUGCAACUUUGCUCACUCAAUAUUGUGCCACAACUGACCCUAGUUUAAUGUUGGGUCUUUCAAGAUGCAGCUCAAGAAAUUUGCAAUCUACAACAGCGAAUGGCAGCAAGAAUUAUUCACCUGCAAGGAAGACUGGUAUCAUCUUUCCACUUAUUGAUGAGGGAUCAACUUCAGCAAAAAGGAAACGAGGUGGUUAUAUGCUGCCACUUCUGUUUGCGCCAAGAUCAGAAGAUCUUUGUCUUAAUGGAACAUCUCCAGACACCGAUGUCCAACAGCAUGAUGGAACUGGAUGUGAUACUGAAAGCGAUCAUGAUAGAUCUCUGAAUCAUCACGAGAUUCAUCCUAGCCCUGACCUAUCCAUUACAGCUGAUUAUUCUUUUGCUGCAACUUCUGAUAUAGUAGCCGGUACAAGUGGUGAGCAGAGGAGUCAUCAGCGCCAUCCAAAGAAAUGCAGGUUCAAUGGGUGUUCGAAAGGUGCAAGGGGUGCAACAGGACUUUGCAUUUCUCAUGGCGGUGGCCAGAGGUGCCAGAAGCCUGGUUGCAACAAAGGUGCUGAGAGUCGAAUUGCAUUCUGCAAAGCUCAUGGAGGAGGGAGACGCUGCCAAGAGUUAGGCUGCACCAAAAGCGCUGAAGGGAAGACAGAGUUAUGUAUUGCUCAUGGUGGUGGGCGCCGAUGUGGGAUUGAGGAAUGCCCGAGAGCGGCAAGGGGGAAAUCUGGAUUCUGCAUAAAACAUGGUGGAGGGAAAAGGUGCAGGAUAGAGGGCUGCACUCGUAGUGCUGAAGGCCAUCCUGGGCUGUGCAUCUCACAUGGAGGCGGCCGCCGGUGCCAGUACCCAAACUGCGGUAAGGGGGCGCAAGGAAGCACCAUCUUUUGCAAGUCCCAUGGUGGAGGCAAGAGGUGCAUGUUUGAUGGCUGUACCAGAGGCGCAGAGGGCAGCACGUCCUUCUGCAAAGGGCAUGGUGGCGGGAAGAGGUGCCUCUUUGAGGGAGGUGGGGUGUGCCCAAAGAGCGUCCAUGGCGGAACUAGCUUCUGUGUUGCGCAUGGAGGGGGCAAACGCUGCUCCGUUCCUGGGUGCACCAAGAGCGCCCGUGGUCGUUCUGAAUGCUGUGUGAAGCACGGUGGUGGCAAGUGUUGCAGGUUUGAUGGGUGUGACAAGAGCGCACAGGGGAGUACUGACUUCUGCAAGGCCCAUGGCGGGGGCAAGCGAUGCGCUUGGAGCGUCGGCUGCGACAAGUUCGCUAGGGGAAGGAGCGGUCUAUGCGCUGCACAUACGACCCUGAUGGCUUCCAAGCUAGAGCAUGAUUCUGGACAUGCACGAAGCAUGGUUGGGCCUUCCCACUUCAGCGGCAUUGUCUCUGGUUCAUCAGCAGCUGAUAGCAACAUGGACCAUGCCACCUCAUCAUCCGGCCAUGGCGCAUGGUCAGACUGCGUUGACUCGUCGGGAGACAUGCAGAGCGCUGGCAGGCUCCUGAUACCACAUCAGGUGCUGGUCCCUGGCUCAUUGAAGGCCUCUCCUUCGUGUGGUUUAGCAGGCAACGGCCGGGAUGACGGAGGGAGCCAGAGCCAGAGCUUUGGGCUCGUGGUGCCGGAGGGAAGGGUGCACGGUGGAGGGCUGAUGUCCAUGCUUGGAGUUGGAGGCAAUCUGGGAAGCAAUCCUGAUGGUUCGAAAGCCUGA